UUUCUUUUCCUUUUAGAUAGUUUGUAGAGGAUGCCCUAUGAGGAAAUCCCCAAUUCACCGCAACCUCAGGACCAAGACUGUUCACCAAGUCAGCAUGUCAGUGCUAAUGAAGACAUGCCAGUUGGGCAGGAGAGUGGUGGGGACUCAGAGACUGGGGAGUGCAUCUCUACUUCCUUUGAGUAUGGGCCAUCCACAUCUGCUGAAGCUUGUGUAUUGGCAGCCACAAGGCGAGGGCCAAGCCUGCUACACAUUGAUCGGCAUCAGAUCCCCGCAGUGGAGCCCAGCGCUCAGGCCCUGGAGCUGCAGGGCCUGGGUGUGGACGUCUAUGACCAGGCUGUCCUGGAGCAAGGUGUGCUUCAGCAGGUGGACAGUGCGAUGCAUGAGGCCAGCCGUGUGGCCCAGUUUGCUGAUGCGGAGAAGGAGUAUCAGUCAGUCCUGGAUGACCUCAUGUCAUGUACAACAUCCCUGAGGCAAAUCAAUAAAAUUAUAGAGCAACUUAGCCCUCAAGCUGCCACCAACAGAGAUAUCAACAGGAAACUAGAUUCUGUAAAACGGCAGAAGUGUAACAAGGAACAACAGCUAAAGAAGAUAACUGCAAAACAGAGACGUCUCCAGGCCAUCCUUGGAGGGGCCGAGGUCCAAAUAGAACUGGAUCAUGCCAACCUGGAGGAGGAAGACGCAGAGCCAGGGCCAUCAUGUCUUGGCAGUAUGCUCAUGCCUGCCCAGGAGGCCACCUGGGAAGAGCUUAUCCGCACUGGCCAGAUGACACCAUUUGGUACCCCAGCCCCUCAGAAACAGGAGAAAAAGCCUAGAAAAAUAAUGCUCAAUGAAGUAUCAGGCUUUGAAAAAUACUUGGCUGACCAAGCACAACUGUCUUUUGAAAGGAAGAAACGAACUGCUAACAAAAGAGCAGCUAAAAAAGCCGUGGUUGUUUCUGAGUCAUGCGCAGAACCAAAUGAGACCAAACCAGGCCAGAGAAGCCAAGGCCUCUCCCAAGCAGAUAAGCGCUUGAAGAAGCAUAUUAGGAAGCUCCAGAAGAGGGCGCUGCAGUUCCAGGGGAAAGUGGGACUGUCCCGGGGGAAGAAACCUCUGGAGCCUGAGGUGAGGCCAGAGGCAGAGGGAGAUACUGAAGGGGAGGUGUCUGGGGAGGAGGAGGAGGAAGAACAAGAGGAGGAAAAGGAGGAGGAAGGGGUGGCCAACCUGUCUUCCGAUGACGUCACCUAUGAACUGAGGCCUCUGCGGAAGGGCCGGAAAUACCAGAAGAAAGUCCCAGUGCAGGACGUGGAUGAUGACUUUUUCCCAAGUUCUGGGGAAGAAGAUGAAGCUAUGGAAGGAAGAGGAGGAGGUCGCAAGGUAGCGAGAUGCCCCGAUGACGGCGAUGAAGCUUAUUAUAAGCAGCGGUUAAGGAGGUGGAAUAAACUGAGGCUGCAGGACAAAGAGAAACGCCUGAAGCUUGAAGAUGAUUCUGAGGAAAGUGAUGCCGAAUUUGAUGAAGGUUUCAAAGUGCCAGGUUUUCUGUUCAAAAAGCUCUUUAAGUAUCAGCAGACAGGUGUUAGGUGGCUGUGGGAAUUGCACUGCCAGCAGGCAGGAGGAAUUCUGGGAGACGAAAUGGGAUUGGGCAAGACCAUCCAGAUAAUUGCCUUCUUGGCAGGUCUGAGCUACAGCAAGAUCAGGACUCGCGGUUCAAAUUACAGGUUCGAGGGACUGGGCCCCACUAUAAUUGUCUGCCCAACGACAGUGAUGCAUCAGUGGGUAAAAGAAUUCCACAUGUGGUGGCCUCCAUUCAGAGUGGCAAUUCUGCAUGAAACAGGCUCCUAUGCCCACAAAAAGGAGAGGUUGGUCAGAGAUAUUGUUCAUUGUCAUGGAGUUUUGAUAACUUCUUAUUCCUACAUCCGACUUAUGCAAGAUGACAUUAGCAGACAUGACUGGCACUAUGUGAUCUUAGAUGAAGGACACAAAAUUCGAAAUCCAAAUGCUGCAGUCACCCUUGCUUGCAAACAGUUCCGCACACCUCAUCGGAUCAUCUUGUCUGGCUCACCGAUGCAGAAUAAUCUCCGAGAGCUAUGGUCGCUCUUCGACUUCAUCUUCCCAGGAAAACUAGGCACAUUGCCUGUGUUUAUGGAGCAGUUCUCUGUCCCCAUCACUAUGGGGGGCUACUCUAAUGCUUCCCCAGUACAGGUUAAAACUGCCUAUAAGUGUGCAUGUGUCUUAAGAGACACCAUUAACCCAUACCUGCUGCGGAGAAUGAAAUCAGAUGUCAAGAUGAGCCUUUCUUUGCCAGAUAAAAAUGAACAGGUCUUAUUUUGCCGUCUAACUGAUGAGCAGCAUAAAGUCUACCAGAAUUUCAUUGAUUCCAAAGAAGUUUACAGGAUUCUCAAUGGAGAGAAUCAGAUUUUCUCUGGACUUGUAGCUCUGAGGAAGAUUUGCAACCACCCUGAUCUCUUUUCUGGUGGUCCCAAGAAUCUCAGUGGUCUUCCAGAAGACGAACUAGAAGAAGAUCAGUUUGGUUACUGGAAACGUUCCGGGAAAAUGAUCGUUGUUGAGUCUUUGCUGAAAAUAUGGCAUAAGCAGGGUCAGCGAGUGCUGCUGUUCUCCCAGUCGAGGCAGAUGCUGCACAUACUAGAAGUGUUCCUGAGAGCCCACAAGUAUUCCUACCUCAAAAUGGAUGGGACCACUACCAUAGCAUCAAGACAGCCACUGAUUACAAAAUAUAAUGAGGACACGUCCAUCUUUGUCUUUCUUCUGACCACACGAGUGGGUGGCAUAGGAGUGAACCUGACCGGGGCCAAUAGAGUCAUCAUCUACGACCCUGACUGGAACCCAAGCACUGACACACAGGCCCGGGAACGAGCAUGGAGGAUAGGUCAGAAGAAGCAGGUAACUGUCUACAGGCUUCUGACAGCUGGCACCAUUGAGGAAAAGAUCUACCACCGCCAAAUCUUCAAGCAAUUUUUGACAAACAGAGUGCUAAAAGACCCAAAACAAAGGCGCUUCUUCAAAUCCAAUGACCUUUAUGAGCUGUUUACCCUGAGUAGUCCUGAUGCGUCCCAGAGCACUGAAACAAGUGCCAUUUUUGCAGGAACUGGCUCCGAUGUUCAGACACCCAAAUGCCAUUUUAAAAAAAAGACUCCACCAGCCCUCGGAACAGAUCCCAAAUGCAAGAAGUUCCCCUUUUCUGACACAUCUGCAAAUGGUGCCAUCCUAACUGAAGAAGAAUCUAAGGCGACAGGGGCUGCAGGAAGUGCAACUUCUAGAGAAGGUGGCCCUUUGAAGGACGACUGUCACCCGAGUGGGAGCAGAGCUAACAGUGUUGCAUUUGGAGAAGAGACAGGUACAGGGUCCAAGCUGGAGCAGGUCUCAGUGAUAAGUGGAGAUGGGAAGUAUUCAGAUGUUCCAACAGUCGACCAAACAUCCGGGCCAUCUUGUGAGGCAAGCACCAGUGAGAAGCAGGGUCCUUCCUACAAAGGGGAAUGCUGUCAGGUUCAGACAGAACCUGUUUGCGUGAGUGAACAAACAGACGGUCAUUUUUGUAAGCACAAAUCAAAAAGGAAACAUGGUGUGACAAAGGAAGAGACCCCAGAGAAACAUCCUCAGCCCAAACAAAAGGCCAAGACCUCCAAGCAUUGCAGAGAUGCCAAGUUUGAGGGAACUCGAGUUCCAUACCUGGUGAAGAAAAGGCGAUACCACCAGCAAAACUCUGAGCAGGAGAGCAAGGCCAAGGAACGAAGCAGUGAUGACUAUGUUUUGGAAAAGCUCUUCAAAAAAUCAGUGGGAGUGCACAGUGUCGUGAAGCAUGAUGCCAUCAUGGAUGGGACCAACCCGGAUUAUGUGCUGGUGGAGGCUGAAGCCACCCGAGUGGCUCAGGAUGCCUUGAAAGCGCUCAAGUUCUCUCGUCAGCAAUGCCUGGGGGCGGCAUCUGGCGUUCCCACCUGGACUGGCCACAGGGGCAUUUCUGGUGCACCAGCAGGAAUAAAGAAUAGGUUCGGUAAGAAGAGGAACUCCAAUCUCCCUGUGCAGCGUUCUUCUUCAUCACUCACAGAAAAGCAUCAGAACAAUGUGAAAAAGGAGGGGAAAGCUCCUGCCCCUGAGCACUUCAGUGGCAAAGAAGAUGGAGUGUCGUUGUCUGGAGCCCCCAGUUCCUCCUCACUCUUGGCCAGAAUGCGAGCAAGAAACCACCUCAUCCUGCCGGAGCGCUUAGAGACUGACAGCGGGCACCUUGCUGAGGCUGCUGCCUUGCCUCCCUGCAGCACAGAACAUGACGACCUUCUGGUGGAGAUGAGGAACUUCAUUGCUUUCCAGGCCCAGGUGGAUGGUCAGGCCAGCACUCAGGAGAUUCUACAGGAAUUUGAAUCCAAGCUAUCGGUGGCACAAUCGUGCGUCUUCCGAGAACUACUGAGAAAUCUGUGCAAUUUUCAUAGAACUCCUGGUGGUGAAGGGAUUUGGAAACUGAAGCCAGAGUACUGCUGAACAGCGAUGCUUCCUGGACUUUUUCAAAUGGCAAUCUUGACUCACCAAUCCUGUGAUUAGUGAUUGUGUGUGUGUGUGUGUGUGUGUGUGUGUGUGGUCAUCAAAUGGCAAUCUUGACUCACCAAUCCUGUGAUUAGUGAUUGUGUGUGUGUGUGUGUGUGUGUGUGUGUGUGGUCAUGACUGCAAUUGGUAUUUACUGUGUCAUCUACCUCAAGACUAAAACUUGAAGAAGAAACUGCUUGGAGAAUUUUUUGGUUUGUUUUUUAUUUUGGUGGCACUAUGGAUUAUGUCCUAAAACCAGGGACCUAAUAGUUGCUUAUUGGAGCAAAUAUAUUUCUUAACCCAAAAGAUACUGUCAGGGAGCACAUACUACUUAAGAAUAGAAACCUCGGUUCUUACAGAUGCUGGGAACAUGUCUUCUGUUUAUUCCACCCUUGCCCAUAAGUCAGCUCAUCAAUAUCUGGUCACCUCAGUACCUUGAUUCAGAACUAUAAAUUUAGUUUCUGUCCUGCUGGCCACAUCAGAAAGAGAUUUGUUAUCUGUCAAAUCAUCAACUACCUAUUAGUAAUUCUUCGCAGCACUGUUCAAUUAGCAGGCUUGGGUUUUGUUGUCCAUUUGUUUUAAAUGGUACCUUGUGUAUGCUAAGCCUGUGCUUUACCACCAAUUUCCACCUGGGUUCUGUGUACACACACACACACACACACACACACACACACACACACACCUACCUUCAAGAAGGAAGGAAGGGUCUUAUUUUCUGUUCUUUGUCAUUAUCUAAAGAUUGUAGAAGAGGCUUGUUAAAUAGGUCAAUAAGUUCUAAACAUUCAUACCUGGCUCAGAAGGAAGUCCCAACACUUGUUUGUUUUGGGAGGGCUCUUUGUUUAUUUUUCCUUCUGGCCAUUAGCCUGCAGGAAGUGAUAAUGCCCUUGUUCUUGAGCUGAAGUGCUAACCUGACUUGUUAGUGUGAAGCAUUAAUGCAUUAUGCCUGUAAUGUCUGGGAUCUAAGUUAUAGUGAGCUAGAGAAGGUAUAGACAUGCCUUUAAUUAACUGUGGGUAAGUCCAUGUUCCAGCUCUGCCCCUGCCCUGCCCUACCCUGCCCAACCUGUUGGGUAGGUUGAGUCUCAGGGCAGUGCUCUGUUAACAUGGCCAUCCAGCCAACCUGGGAGAAGCUUAGAGACCAUCUCUAAGUUAGAAUAGUUUUUAAUAAUACAAAGCACCUUUAUAAAUUAAGCUGCAAUCUGAGUUUUUGAACAUUAAAUACUUUGUACAGUGUAAAUAGAUUAAAUGUAUUAAACGUGUUAUAUAAUUAUAAAUAAAGGAUUUUUAAAGAUACCA